CAAAAAAGGCGCCCCAUUCCUAAAAAUGCUAGCAGAUGGUACGCUUCCCCCUCAAGAUUUGAAAUUGCAAGGUACUGAAGGAUUAAAGGUCAAUUUAACGUGUUUUGUUAAUGGAUCUAACAAUGUAAACAUCCAAUGGAGGUUUGGCAGCAAGUUAAGUAACUUUAGUAGCCUUAUACCGUAUCCUGACAAAAACGCAGUAACAUUAGGCGAACCAGUUUUAUUCGAUUCUGGGACAAACUGUGCCAGGUACCUUCAUUCGUCGACACUGAGGUUUACAUUAGAAUACAAGUACGAUCGUUACACGUAUGUGUGUGUGGCUACAGAAAACAACAGAGAAACAAUUGUUGCUAACAUGACGAUAUAUGUAUCAGAAGCGUCAUUUGUAGAGACUGUAAGCGUGAGCGAUACGAUUGUCAACCCUAAAGAGGUUAAAGAAGGCGGAUCAUUCAAUGUGACUUGUGACGCUUCACGUGCUGGUGUUCCAUUACAUAUUACAACUCUUCAUGUAUUAAAUAUUAAAUGGAGGGGUGCGUCGAAUAAUUCAGUAUUAUUAGCAGGAUACAGGACGUACGCUCCUCCAUAUAAAUUUACACCAUAUUCUCUACCUGAGAGAAACUGGAGUUUUAGUUUUGUUGGAAGUUUGUCAGAAACAUCCGAAUCUCCAAACAACAGAAACACAAUGAAAAUUGAAAUAAUUGUUAAUGACGCAAAAUGUGCUGAUGCUGGAUUGUUUGUUUGUAAUGUUUCAUUUGAAAGCAGAUUAUAUUUCAUUAGCUACCAGAAUCUCACUAUUGUAUCCCAAGUAGUUCCCGUGUCCCUGACUUUAGUUCCCCAGAAUGCCAAGGGACGGGGUCCAUACGAGUCGGUCAAUCCUGCAGGGUCUAAUGUUACUUUGCUGUGUAAUGCCACUGGACCAAAAAACGUGACCUUUAGUUGGAAGUUUGGCAGCAGAUUAAGUAACUUUAGUAGCUUUACACCAUAUCCUGUACAAAACGCUGUGUCAGUUGUUGAACCUGUGCUGGUCAGUUCUGGGACAACCUGUGUCCAGUACCGUCAUUCGUCAACACUGAAGUUUCAAACAGAAGACAUGUAUGAUGGCUACAUGUAUGUGUGUGUGGCUACAGAAAACAAUGAAGGCACAAUUGUUGGGAAUAUGACGAUAUACACAAAACAGUGACAUUGUAGGAGACUUUGAAUAACACAUAUUGAAUUUUUUUCCCGAAAUCAAAAGUAGCCUACAGUAUGUUGCUAGUUGAUUAAAGCGAACAGACUAUUA